GUUUGACUGAGAUAAUGCUCCCCCUUACAUCCUCCCUUUAUUCCGGGGGUUUUGUAUAUUUUUUCUACACACACACACACACAAAGAAAAGAAAAGAAAACUUUGCUGCGAGACUGCUACAGAGAGAUGACAGAAAAUGACAGGGGCACAAAUGUGGAGCGAUAUAUUGGUGAAAUUAAAGGAGGACUGAAACCAGCCAUGAAAAUCACUAUUAUUGGGGUCAUAUGUUCCAACCCCAAGAGCUUUGCAGUGACUCUGCUCUGUGACCCCAUGGAUGCAAGCAAGGAUAUUGGGCUGUUACUUACAGUCAACUUCAGUGAGAAAUCCAUCACCCGGAAUGCACAGAUUGCUGGGAAAUGGGGAAGAGAGGAGAAGAACAUUCCCUACUUCCCAUUCACAGCAGGGGACACGUUUAAGAUGGAGCUCUUCUGUGAGCACCAGCAGAUCCGUGUCCUGCUCGAUGGACGGCAGCUCUGUUAUUUCACUCACCGCGUUCAGCCCCUGCACUUGGUAACAGCUUUACAAAUCUCAGGGGACAUCAGACUUACCAAGGUGGCUUGAAAAAUGGACCCCACAUCACCAAUGAACUAAGACAAAUGUACUUUCCCAUGUACAUAGAAGUGUUUUCUUUUUCCUUCUUGGUACUUCUUGAGAUUUUAAAUGUGGACUUUGUUUGGGUUUGUUUGCUAACAAGUUUGAAAUGUCUGCUUUUUCUCACAGAGCCUGAAGAGCUGCAAUGACAGGGUUGGUUCAAGCACAUGAGGCUCUUUGCAAAGCCAUUCUGUUGGGCCUUCCAGACUGCAAAGACUGUGAUUCAGACAGUGUGCAGGCUUCUCUACCCUCAUUGGCUCUAAAUUGUUCUGCCAUGCCACCUGGAGGGGCUCAGUCACCUGAGGAUGGGUGGGGUUAUUAGGUCACAUAUCUAGAAGUAGAGAGUGGGAUUUAGCAUGUAGUGAAAGGCAAUCUGUUAAAUAGGUGAGGAAACCUGUGGUGUACCCCAGCAAGGUCCAUGUUAGAGGACGAGACACCCUAUUACCCCAAGCUAUGAUCACAAUGUUCAGCAGUCAGCACAAAGCACUUCGUGCCUCACACCGUGGAGCAGUGAAUGGCCCACUAGCAUUUCCAACUGUCUGUAGUGGGUGGAGCCCUCAUGAACUGGGAGCUCUGUAGAGCUGCAGGUUUGGCAGUCUUGUCUUAACUGGCCCUGUGCAGCAACAUCUGUACCUAAAUCUGCAUCAUCUGUUCCUAUAUCCAGCCAUAUCUGCCCAUUUACCGGCAAACCUCUUUACCUGCUUUAAGAAAUAAACAUUUGAUCCAUCUUAA